UUCCAAAUUUAGAAAUCCAUUCUAGAAUCCGAUGGCCAAACAGAACAACAGACGGAUCCAGAAAAUCCAGCACCAAGCUAUGGAACAGAACAGACGGCACCGCCAGCCUAUGAUCAAAUACAAAAAGAUGCACCGCCCUCAUAUCAGUCCAUUUUUGGCGAGAUGAAAGAGGCGAAGGCCGGUUCUUCUGGGAUAGUGGACUUUUUUGUAAAAGUUAUCAUGAUAUUGCUAAACACACUAUGUUGUACCAUUAUCAUGGCAUUAAUCCUGGCGAUCCCGAUCACUAUGAUUGUCAUUGGAGCAAUGUAUAAAGAUGACUGCCCUGCACAGAAGUUUAUUCCGAUAUAUCUCAUAGUAGGGGGAGCCUUCACGGUGGUCAAAAACUUGAUCGACCUUUGCGAACGAUUCACCAGGAGGCGAGAAGAAGGGGAAGAGACACAAACAUCAAAACAAGGAGCAUGUAGCCACCUGAUUGGCUGCUUUCUCUUUGCCUGGUUUAUUUGUGGGAAUGUGUGGAUAUACGGAACUUCUCCUGAUACAAACAACGAAUUGGCAACCGACUACUGUAACGGGACCUUGUACUACUUUGCAUUAUGGCUGACCAAUGCCACAUACAUUAUAAUUGGCCUGUGCUGUUGCUGUAUCUGCUGUGCUGCUUGUGCCGCUGGAGCUAGCAAAGCUUAAGAAGAGGUCAUGAUUGACCAAUCAAAUCUCAGAUAGUGAGAACCCUAUAAUUAUUAAGGCCAUAAUAAUUCAUGUGGUUUUAUAUCAAUUGGUAGUUGGCAAAGUCUUGGGUUUCAAUACAUUUUAUAAUAUUAAAUAACUUGUAUAAGAAAGAAUUAUUAUUAUUAUUAACUUUUUUCAUUUAAUAAUUAUUUAAAUAAGACUUUUUGCACUUUAGCAUAGUACCAGUAUCUGUUCAUGUUAUAUAUUAAUACUCCAUCAAAAUUUGUCCAAAUUACGAUAAACUCCCACCCCUCCCCUCCCCCCAAUCUAGGCCAAAAAGAGAUGAGAGUACCUUCAUUGAUGAGAGUAUUUUCAUGGAACUUGGUAUGCGGUGGUGUGGGGUAGGGGGUAAUGCAAGGGAUUUGCACAACCCUUAUCAAAAAAGCAUGAACAACCCGCAUCUGGUCGUUGUGAUUACCAAUCCUUAGUAAUUUGGUCUCUAAAAUGUCUCUCCAUUAACCCCACCCACGAUUUUAUUUUGGGACCCUUACCGAGGGUGUAGGCGGUCAUUGAUUUGUAUUCUUCAUCAGACUUGAUGGGAUUCCCCCCCCCCCCCAGUUGACACAUUCAAGAGCACACCACUGUAUACAUUUAAUUUGCUUACACGCGCGCGAUGGCAGGUGUGCCUUCAAGCUCAUUGCAGUUGAAAUAUACAAAGAAAUUCAUAUUCCACAUGGAGUACAUUAUAACAUUACAGUGUUAAAGAUAGAUCUAUUUGCUGAUUAUGAUAAAAAAUUUUACUGCUUAGUAGAUAUACUGUAACCUUGAGAAAAUACAAUAUAUUCAGUAUUGCAUUGGCUUAAUGUACAUAACAUAUCUUCUUCCCUUCCAUUCUAUUUUGCGACAUUACAAUUUCCACAGUUGGUUUUCAUUUUUUUCUGUUUAGCCUAUAAAUCAUAUGUAUCUUUUCUGUACAAUAGCUCUUCAAAAUCUCAUUUAUAGGUCUUAGGUUGUAAGGACCAGUGCCUUAUUUUACACACUUAUCAUGAAUAUCAUAUAAAAAUUUAAAGUAUAGAAAGAUAAAUUCACUUCUUUUUAUAAAACCUUGAACUUUUUUCUAUACACCAUCUUGUACUCUGUAUGAAUUUCUGAAUAGAGAAAUUUUAUAAACGUCUAUAUUUUUAUCUACACAAAUAAUUAUAAAAUCAUGAUGAAAUACCAAAUAAAUAAAUAACCCAAUAACAGAACUACAAUAAAAUAAAAGUGGGUUGAUUAGGGUGGGGAUAAGGCUAGGUCAAUUGUCUCACAAUCUCUUGACCCUUCUAUGGAUCAUCUGUGGUCUAAAGGAGUAUACUAGUAUAUCUGUAUUAACACCUGUUGAAUACUAUUCAUACAAACAAUUUAAUUGCAGGCAAAUGAGUACAGGGUCGGAUUUAGUGGGGGAGGGGGGCCCUGGUCCGGAAAAAUGGAGAAAAAAAAAGAAAAAAUUGAUCCCCUAAGGGUUAUCUUUGGUCGUCUAGAAAACAAAAAAUUUCGCAGGGGCAUGCCCCUGGGUAGUGUUGUCUCGAUUGGCCCCACUUUCGGCCCUCCAUUCAGGGUUCCCCAUUCGGGCAUCUCUUGAUAAAAGAGAUCAUCUGAUUUCUACAGGCAUACAUAAAGAAAUAACCCCCAUUAUUAAAGUCACAUUUUAAAGCAUUCAAUCACUGUAAAUCAUAAGAUAAACAACACGACAUCGGUAUUUGUAAAACUUAUUGGGAUUCAAUGUUAAAAUUAACAUAGAAAGCCCUGGCCUGACUAUUGCAUUUUAUUUGACAAAGAUAUGUGACAUAUGUAUGGUCAUGGUGACAUCAUGACCAUGUACAAUAUAGGCAUAAAACAGUUUUUGUGACAAAUUUGUGUGAUGAUGUCAUUUACUCCCAAAUAUGGGCAUGUCACAUUUAUUUGCUACAUAAAAUUUGAUAGUGUGGACACUUGAGGUUGCAAAGCCGAGCCAAUAUAUAAGAGUUCAUUGGUAUCUCAUACAUAUUCAUUGUUAUUUGCAUAUUAAAUCAUACAUAUUCAUUGUUACUUGUAUAUUAAAUCAUACAUGUUCAUUGUGACUUGCAUAUUAAGUCAUACAUAUUUAUUGUGACUUGCAUGUUAAAUCAUACAUAUUCGUCAUUAUUUGCAUAUUAAAUCAUAAAUAUUCAUUGUCAUUUGCAUAUUAAAUCAUAGAUAUUCAUUGUGACUUCCAUAUUAAAUCAUUCAUAUUCAUAAUCACUUCCAUAUUAAAUAUUUCAUACAUACCUGUAUUCAUUAAAAUUUGCAUAUUUAAAUCUAAUUAUGUUAUUCAUUAUCACUUCAUUAAUUGUUUUAUUAUUGUGUAUCAUACACAAAUGAAAGGUUAAGAUUACUGUGCCUUGAGUGUGAAUAGAUGAAUUCUACAGAAUUGUAUAUCCUACUAGUGCUUAGAAUUUUAAUGUGUCUAUUUACCCAUGUUAUUAGUAGUUAUUCCCAAUAAGGUGAGACUAUAUUAUACCCUGUUUCGCUACCUUUUUUUCUUUUUUAAGAUCUUCAGAGUGCGGAAAAAAAAAUUAAAUUUUUUUUUUCUUAUAUAGCAAAUAAUUUCGCUAAAAUCAUCCAAACAGAGGAGAAAAUAAAAAUAAAAUUUUACUGGUGAAUGUAAACAGUGUAGUGUGAUGGCUAAAUGCUCUAAAGUUAAAUUAAAUUAGGAAGAAAUAUACAUAUCAUAUUUUUGGAGAUUUCCAUACAACGGUGGGCAUAAUAAAACUACAGAAAAACUUUAUUUUUUUCUAAAAUUUCCAUAUUUCCAUGGUGACCGGUGCACUAAUUGGCCAAAAAUAAAAUGUUAUUUUUAUUUGAAAUGAUUAUUAUUGUUUGCUAAACAAAGUAUAAAAAGGUCUCACCUUACCUAUGUUGUUAGUAGUUAUUUCCAAUAACAGGGGAGGAAAAAAUUGAGGGAAACACAGGAGUUAUCAACAAAUGGAGGCAACCAAAUAUUUCUUGUAAUUUGCCUUCUCUUGCUAGACUGAUUUUAGAAAAAAAAUUUAGAAAAUCAAUAGCCAAAAUUUUGGGAGGUUUGAGUAGGGCAUUGACAUGCUGAGCUGCCCAGUGUUGGCGGCUAGUGGUCUUCAAACCAAAAACAUUUAUUUUUAGAUUCGAUUGGGAUUGUAGGUCAUUUCUAAACUGUAUGUAUAUUUGGCACCGUAUUUAUACUGUAUGUAAAUUUUGUAUCUGUAAAAGUAGAGAUAGAUUUUUUGUUUUAGUUUACAUAAAAGGUGGAAGAGAACUAUAUAGUUUGUUGAAGUUCAAUAAUACAGUAUACUAUAUUGUCAGUCUUGUGACACUAAUUUUAAUAGGUUUUCCACAUACAAUAUAUUUUUAUUAGAGUGUAGAAUUAGAGGAAGAAUUUCUUUCAUAUCUAUAGUCAAUGGGAUCUCUAUUUUUUCUUAUACUGUCGAAUCCAUGUAUGUACUGUAUAUGUUGGUCUUUUUAAUUCCUGGGUAUUUUAAAAAUUAACAUUUUUUCAUGAUGCUUGCUAGCUGAUGUAUUGAGAAUUUUUGGUUUUUGAUAAGUGCGCCAUCCACUAUAAUAUCUAUAAAUAGAAACUGAGAAUAACCAAUGACUCCUAUUUGACUUUAUAUUUAUUUCUUAGAGCCUAUUUUACAAAGUUUAUAAAGUUUAACACAAAGCUUUUAUAUAUUUAUUUACUGAUUGUUUAUUAAGGUCCUCUAAUUGGUCACAGGAAAAUGUCUAAAUGAUUUCCAUUAUUAUAUAUACAAGUUUAAUUUUAUAGCAAUAAUGUAGUCAGUUAUUUUUUUUCUUUAAGUUAACAACCAAAAUGACACAACUCGUAGUUGACCAUUGAAGUAACACCUCCUCCCCAGCUUACACUGAAAUAGGGUGACUUCUUUUCACUUUUUUCAUUGGGGUUACGCAGACAGGGUUUUCGAUGCUUUCUGUAAAAACUAUGAUUCCAUAAUAUGGUGACCUAUGUGUGUCUGUUUGGAUUGUUUUCUGCGCUUUCCCCACAUAGUCCCAAAACCUCCUCGCCUUCCAUCAGCUUACUGUCUAGGCAUUUCACUUACAUUACAUGGCGAGAGGAGAAAUUAAUAUGUAUGAAGCUGCAAUCGUAUUCAUGAAUUAGAAUGUGUUAUUUGUCAACUCAUCAAGUUUUCUUGGCAAAAAAAAAAACCGUUCUAAUCCCAUAUAUAGUCUUGGUGUACCUAUGUAUGUUCAUGAUGUGAUGUCAUCUGCGCGUAAUUGCUGUGUGAACCAUGCUAAAAAUAACCCUUUUUAUGUUUCAAUUAUCUGUGAAUUUUUAUUCUUUAAAUUCUAUGAUAGAAAUUUGUAAUACUGAAUAAAAUCAUGAGAAUGAA